AUGGGUUGGUUUUGGGCCGAUUCUGAUGUCUCCAUUAUCAAUGCCAGAAGCGCACCUCAUGCGAUCCCCAGUGGCAAUGCUUCACCUCCACCAGCAUGUCCUAUGCACAAGAGCAACGACACCGUCGCUAAACCUCCAACACCUCCCGCCGAAUCCGCUUGUCCGUAUACGCCAACAGACGUCUCCAAGACCAGCGAUACAAAAUCGCUGUCCAAAUACUCCAAAUAUAAUCCCCUAAACUACAUGUUCUCCGACAUCUCCCAAGAGCGCGCCAAGAACCAAACCGUAACCCUUCCCACGGAGCGCGAACCAUCUACAAUCCCAAGGGGCACCGGAGAAGGAAACUGGGAGUACCCAUCACCGCAGCAGAUGUACAAUGCAUUAUUACGGAAAGGCUAUACGGAUACUGAUGCUACAGCCGUAGAGAGUAUGGUUUCUGUGCAUAAUUUCCUGAACGAGGGCGCAUGGGCUGAGAUUGUGGAAUGGGAGCGCAGAUUCGGCAAGGGCUUGGGCAAAGGAUGGGACAUCUGUAAGAAGGGAGAAGCGGCAUCAAUGGCAGGCGCGGAUAUUGGUGCGAAUGAGGAUGAGGUUGCGCAGCCCAAGCUGAUUAGGUUUAUGGGAAGGCCGAAAGAGAUGACGCCCAAGGCCGCUAUGAUACAAGUUAUGGGAUGGAUCUAUCCUAGUGCUUUCGGCACCGAACCUCCAUUUGAUCGCCACGACUGGUUCGUACAGAGAGAAGUCAAGGGCCAGAAGAAGGAAAUUAGAUACGUGAUCGACUAUUACUCGGCCCCUCCUGAGCCGACUGGCGAGCCCGUCUUCUACCUGGAUGUCAGACCGGCUGUUACACCUACACAAGCCGUGGAGAGGAUGAUGCGUUGGGGAGGCGAUGUCUGGUAUCGAGCUUCUGGUGCGGCUGUAAGGGACUCUGGAAGUAAUUAA